CAUUUUGAUUUCCGCUUCCGUUUAUUAGAUGGGAUGUGAUAUGUGAGGAUUAUUUUUGAAAUUUAUUUGCCAUGGGUACUAAUUUACCCAAUAUUUUUGCCCCAAAGAUUGCAACAUUCGUAGAAUCUCUCCUGACUGAAGGAAAAGUUGGAAUAUGUGCUGGGUCUGUGCGGGUAACAGACAUAAAAUCAGGGGCUCCAUCUCUGACCAACAUACCAUGUGGUGAUAGAUUUAAAGUGGUUAUUCCCUAUGCUGGAAAUUCUCUCACGUGGGAGAUUAUAUUCAACAGUUGUUCUCCAGAUGAUCCACCAGAUUUCCUUUUUAGUGCAGAAGACAAGGACUUUUGGCCACAAAUUGAAAAUAUAAGUCAUUUAGCCAAUUGGGACAAUACAAAUCCCAGGUCUCUUUUUCUGGUCAUACAAGAACUGUUGGAAGAAUACAAAAAAUAUCACCAGUCUCUGAAGGAUGAGAAUGCCAGACUGCAGUGGGAAUAUAAUGCUUUGAUGGAGCAGGAUAACUUUAGUCCAGAGAAUGUGGAAGUUUGGGUCAAUAAAAAGGGCAAUAGACUAGGCCCUAUCAAUUUUCUGAUGAGGUUGGAUGUAGAUUUCUCCAAAAUACCACCCUACCUUAUAGGAUGCAGUCCUGGUGAAGACUCUGCAGUCCUAUUGGUAACAUUCCAGUACCCAGACGGAGGGAAAGUCUUACCACAGUUGUACUUGUCACCCAGAGUGGAACAUGCCCUAGGUGGUGCAGCUAACCUUAGAAUUCCUGCUUUCCCCAGUGGAGGUUGCCUGAUAGAUUAUGUGCCAAAUGUUAGAGAGUUGCUGAAAAAUAAGGUUGAUCAGAUUGUACAAGGACAUGACAGAAGGAAAGAAUAUGUAGCAGCUUGCCUUAGUGCAUUUGGGAGGUCAAUUAUAGAAUAUGAUGCUGAAAGCUUUUUCAAGAUUUCAUUUCUACUGGAAUGGAAUGAUUUCUUUUUCAUAGUGCACAUCGAGUUACCCCUGUACUUCCCAGUGGACAGUCCCUCUCUCACUGUACAGUCAGUCUACCAUGAGUCCGGGGGAAGACCAUACAGUAAAGUGACCAGGGAGUACCCCUAUAGUCCAAGGUGGUCUGGGAAUGAAAUGGUAGAAAGAGUCAGAACAUAUCUGCUUGAAAAUAUUGCAGCUUUUCAAAGGGCUUCAGUACAGAAUGGCAGUCUUUCAUGACUGAGAUGGACUGAAGUUGGCAAGUUCUUCCUGCCUCUAUAAAAAAUAAACCUGCAUUUGCCUUUGCCAUUGAAUGGCAGUUUGAGACAGCAUUACUGGCGGUUCUAUCUGGU